UGGCCACCUUGAGGGGUCCUGAUUCACGUGCGUCACAGGCAACACGUUUUGAGAAUACACAGCGUAGCAGCAGUUCCUGUUCAAACUCUCAGUGUAUACAUUUGAUCCGAGUUACAGUUAAAACUCCUCUUUAUCCAGCUCCAACACGUCUUUUUGCAAACUCUUCUCCAGAGUGGUCUGUUAUUCCAACAUGGGGAAACGAAGCAGGCAGAGGCAGAAAACCCAAAAUGCUGGCAGAGACGACAGAGACAACAGAGACAACGCUGGCUGGGGAGCUGGCUAUGCAGACAUUGUCAAGGAGAAUAAGCUGUUCGAGCAUUACUACCAAGAGCUAGGCCUGGUGCCUGAGGGAGAGUUUGAAGAGUUCAUGAAUGCAAUGAGGGAACCGCUGCCAGCAACCAUCCGCAUCACUGGAUACAAGAGCCAUGCCAAAGAAAUCCUCCACUGUCUGAAGGAAAAAUACUUCAAGGAUAUUCAGGAGGUGGAGAUCGAUGGCCUGAAGAUUGAGGCUCCACAGCCUCUUAAAUGGUAUCCCGAUGAGCAGGCCUGGCACACCAACAUGAGCCGGAAGAUCAUCAGGAAGUCUCCGCUGCUCGAGAAGUUCCACCAGUUCCUGGUCAGCGAGACUGAGUCGGGUAACAUCAGCCGACAGGAAGCCGUCAGUAUGAUCCCUCCUCUCCUCCUGAAGAUCGAGUCACACCACAAGAUCCUGGACAUGUGUGCAGCUCCAGGGUCAAAAACAGCCCAGCUGAUCGAGAUGCUCCAUUCUGACAUCGACGUGCCAUUCCCAGAGGGCUUUGUCAUUGCCAACGACGUGGACAACAAGCGCUGCUACCUGCUGGUGCACCAAGCCAAGCGUCUCAACAGCCCCUGCAUCAUGGUGGUCAACCACGACGCCACCUGCAUCCCCACCCUCAAGAUCGACUCGGACGGCAAGAAGGACAUCCUCUUCUACGACCGCAUCCUUUGUGACGUGCCCUGCAGCGGCGACGGCACCAUGAGGAAGAACAUCGACGUGUGGAAGAAAUGGACGACCAGCAACAGCCUGCACCUCCACGGGCUCCAGCUGCGUAUCGCUGUGCGCGGUGUGGAGCAGCUGGCAGUGGGAGGGAGGAUGGUGUACUCCACCUGUUCACUCAACCCUAUAGAGGACGAGGCUGUCAUCGCAGCGCUGCUGGAGAAGAGCGAAGGAACGUUGGAGCUGGUCGACGGAUCAGCUGAUCUGCCGGGGCUGAAGUCGAUGCCUGGGGUCAAUUCCUGGAAGCUGAUGACCAAGGAGGGCCAGUGGUUCUCUGAUUGGUCCGAGGUUCCCGUCAGUCGUCAAACGCAGAUCCGCCCCACCAUGUUCCCGCCAACAAACCCAGAGAAACUGGCCAACUUCCAUCUGGAGAGAUGUAUGAGGAUUUUGCCACAUCACCAGAACACUGGAGGGUUCUUUGUGGCUGUGCUGGUGAAGAAAGCCCCGAUGCCUUGGAACAAAAGAUAUCCCAAGGUGAGGCAGGAUGUCUCCUCCAGCGCUGCAGCCCAGACUGAAGGCUCCCCCGCAGCCUCCAUCCCCUCCGGUACUCCCUGCCCACCCGACAGUGCUGUUGAGGAGGGAUUGGGGGAGAAAGUAGUAGUAGUAGAAGAGGAGGAACCCAAAGACUCUCCCUUAGCCCUGGAGACAACUGAUAAACUAGAGAGAGAGUAUGGACCUCCCGCCUCCAAGAAGAAGAAGCUGUUUGGUUAUAAAGAAGAUCCCUUUGUGUUCCUCACUGAAGAGGACCCCGUCUUCACCACCAUACAGUCUUUCUAUAAUCUAUCACCCACCUUCCCCAAGGUCAACGUUCUGACCAGGACCCACGACGGCAAAAAGCGCCACCUGUACAUGGUGUCCAAAGAGCUGCGCAACGUGCUGCUCAAUAACAGCGAGCGCAUGAAGGUCAUCAACACGGGGGUGAAGGUGUGGUCUCGCAACAGUGAUGGAGAGGAGUUUGGCUGUGCCUUCAGACUGGCUCAGGAGGGUAUCUACAGUCUUCAGCCGUAUAUCCGCUCCAGGAUAAUCACGGUGAGUGUGGAGGACAUCAAAGUGCUGCUGACUCAGGAGAACCCCUACCUCAGCAAACUGGAGGCAGACGCUCACGCUCAGGCCAAGAAACUGGUGAUGGGCAGCAUUGUGUUGAAGUACAUUCCCAACCCAAAUAACACAGAGGAUCCUCAGUGUCCCAUCCAGCUGUGCGGCUGGAGGGGGAAGACGUCCAUCCGAGCCUUCGUCCCCCGAAACGAGAGGUUUCAUUACCUCCGAAUGUUGGGCGUGGAGGUCUUCAGAGAGAAGCAGGGCCAAGGGGACAAAGGCCCGGAUGGAGAGAAGGCGGUGGAGGGAGUGGAAGUAAAGGAGGAGGCGGGAAAUGGUGCAGAGGAGAAAGGAGAGGAGAAAGAAGUGGGGAAAGAUGCGGGGCACAUGGACUUGGAGAAUGGUGAUAAAAUUGGAACAUCAGAACCAAUGAAGGAACCGAUGGACUAGCAGGUGAGGGAAACGAGGACUGACGAGACGUAGCGCAGCUCUAAGAGCCGAGGACGAGGAUGAAGACCACAUUUUGUGAUAAGGGAGGAAGAUGAGCCCGUUUCCCACCCUGCAGCUGAGGAAGGAGACCCUCCCUCGCAGAUUCCAUCAGGAUUUUUAGUUUGGUUUGGAACCCCUCCAGGAGUCAGCUUAUUAGUUAGUCUUAUUUUAUUGAUAUGUUUUUUUUUUUUUUAACAAAUUUAUUCUACUGCUCAAGUGGCUUUAAUUUGUCUUCCCGUAGAUAAUCUUCAGAGAAGUUCGUAUGAACUGCCAUCUCAUUUUUCUAGAUCUGCAAUAAAGCCAAACUAUGGAGUCAAUUAAAGCGUUGAAGAUUAA